AAUUAUGACCGACGCCAGCGAACCUUACCCAUACUGACCAUAGCCACACACACUAAAGGGCGUACUUAUCUCAAUAGUAGCAACCUGACUGGCUCAACGCACUUGACCGCCAGAUCGUGCUAAUAUUCCUACAACUGGGAGCUCUCCUGCAUCCCUCUUCUUAUUCCUUCUCUCUCUGCUGCUGCUGCUGCUGCUACCUUGUCUUCACCUGCCAGCCAUUGCGUUGCCGUUGCCCACUCAAUCCAAUAGAUCACGCGUUGUCAAGAUGCCUGUGGGAACUAUCCUCGUUACUGGUGGUACGGGUUAUAUCGGCUCGUUCACAUCGCUGGCCCUUCUCGAGGCCGGCUACGACGUGGUCAUUGUCGACAACCUUUACAACUCAUCCGAAGUCGCGCUCGACCGCAUUGAGCUCAUCUGUGGCAAGCGCCCUGCAUUCCACAAGGUCGACUUGACCCAAGAAGCAGAACUUGACAAAGUCUUUGCUGCCCACCCCGCCAUUGACAGCGUCAUCCACUUCGCAGCCCUGAAGGCAGUUGGCGAAUCUGCUGAGAUCCCACUUGAAUACUACCGCGUAAAUGUUGGCGGUACCAUCUCUCUUCUCAGCUCUAUGAAGAAGCACAAUGUUACCAACAUUGUAUUCUCGUCCUCGGCCACCGUGUAUGGUGAUGCAACUCGGUUCGAAAACAUGAUUCCCAUCCCCGAGCACUGUCCAAUUGGCCCGACAAACACAUACGGCCGGACCAAGUCUACCGUUGAGAGCAUUAUUGAGGACUUCAUUACAGCGGAGCGUCAAAGCGCCCAAAAGGCUGGAAAGCCUUUCGAACAGUGGAAUGGUGCGAACCUCCGUUACUUCAAUCCGUGCGGUGCACACCCUAGUGGCAUCAUGGGAGAAGACCCUCAGGGAGUACCCUAUAAUUUGCUUCCUCUACUUGGCAAGGUGGCCACUGGUGACCGACCCAAGCUCCUAGUAUUUGGCGACGAUUACCCCUCUCGCGACGGAACUGCUAUCCGUGAUUAUAUUCAUGUCGUCGAUCUGGCCCGUGGCCACCUUGUUGCGCUUAACAAUCUACGAGAACACAAGCCGGGUGUCAAAGCAUGGAACCUAGGUUCUGGCCGCGGAAGCACGGUCUUUGAGAUGAUUAAAGCCUUCAGCGCCGUGGUUGGUCGCGACUUGCCCUACGAAGUUGUACCAAGAAGGCAAGGUGACGUUUUGGAUCUUACAGCCAACCCGACAAGAGCAAACACGGAGCUCAACUGGAAAACAGAGCUCACUAUGGAGAAAGCAUGUGAAGACCUCUGGCGAUGGGUAUCGAACAACCCUAAAGGAUACCGACAAGAGCCACCGGCAGAGCUGCUCAACACCCUUAAGGCCAAAUCGUCUUAAAGAGAGGUGAAGGUGAAGAAGAGCGAGACGUAAAAGGGGUGUUAAGGCUAGAAAAAUAUGCCUUUUCUAAAUCCAUCUUUGAAUAAGGACAGAUGAGUAUAGAAAGGAAGGAAUCUAAAGAUUGAAGAAGGCUAUGGCCAUUCCUCAGUACAGCUGAUACAUUCCGAGCGCGUUGAGAAUGCAUUCACCAUACCUAGACCGGAUAUAUGCCAAGAAACUCUAUGACAUAGCAAUGCUAUAUUCUUAGAAUGUAGUCAACUUGCAGAGUGCUCACUUAUUAGUUCACCUAGCUACUAGCUAGCUGGGCGUAAUCACUCUAUAUCGAAAUUGAGCAACCUAGUACUCGUGUACACAAAUUCGUUGGGGCCGGUUUUAGUAUCACAGAGAUAUAUUCGAGUGAGGGUGUCUUAUGUAUUGGUAAACGAUCAAUUCCAACCUCACUUCCGUAAGUGAUCGAUGCUAGUAUAAUGUAGGUAUCUAGAUACCUGCAUGUUGAGUCUCUUCAUUAUCAAGAGUUUAGAGAGGUGAUUCUACACCGACGAGACUGACAUAUGUCUAUUUACACUAAUCUUGGCCUUUUUGGCAGUAGGUAGGUACAUAGGUAGGCAGGUGAAUUUCUGCUCUACACUAAAUCGUUCAUAUGUAGGUAUACGAAUAUAGUGGUGGCUGGGGCAAUGUGGUGUAGCCUACCUGCAUUCUUACAUAGGUACCUACCUUGGCGAGCUGUCUCGAUGAAGAAAAUGAUGCGC